GCACCCUGUCCAUCUAAAACGUUUCUUUGAACAGGAAGUCUCUGACCUCUUUUAGAAAGGAAUCAUCCGACGGUCUUCUCAACAUUGUUCGCCGGUCGUGAUGGUUCCUAAGCCAGACAACACUUAUCGGAUGGCCAUCGACUACCGUCAACUCGACAGCUACAGUCUUCUGAGCCCAGCUGCAACAUUGAGUAAGAUGUGUACAAGUUUUCAGGUAAGAUUCUUCAAUGCAGAGUUGGAUCUCUGCAAGGCUUAUUACCAAGUCCCUUUGACAGAGAGCCAUGCCGCUGACAGCUUUCCCAACCCACUUGGGCCCAACCCACUUGGGCCUGGUCACUGCUUGUGCCACCUAUAUCAAGCUCAUGCGCAUUGUUUUCUUAGUACUCGCAAACGUGACAUUUUAUUUUGCUAAUGUUUCUGUAUACUCUUCAGACUCGCCCCUGCAUUUAAGGACCCUUUAUGCCGUGCUGGACAGGAUCAAGACCCAUGUACUUACACUCAAGAUCUCCAAGUACCAUUUUGGAUUCCCUUCCAUUCUAUCCCUUGGAUUCAUUUUGGGAGAUGACUGUCUUCAACCACAGCCUGACAAAGUGGAAGCGCUCUGCAAGAUAUCACCAUCGUCCACUUAGAAACUUCUACGAGGAUUUAUUGGAACAGACGGACGCUUCCACCUCUACCUGCUUCACGGCGCCGUCAACGAGUCUGCCUCUAGUGUUGGUGAGAUUAGUGUUCCUCUGGCCCUCCCUCGCUCUGGAGGGAGACUGGGAGACUUGGUGAGAGCUGGGUGGUGCGCAAGGUGUCCGUUAUAUUGAGUAUACUUGUGUUGUUGGAAGUCUAGUAAACUUGGAACCAUUC